AUGCUAGAUCCUGGCGCACCUGGAGUCACGAAGCAAAUGAUGCUCGAUUGGCUCCGAAAAAAUCAUCCAAAAUCUCCGAUUCCAUCAACUUUCAACAAGAACCAGGCCGCAGUCAAAGUACGGGAGAAACAGCCUGAGUUCUUCCCAGACCCAAAAAGUGAUAGGCCUGCAACGUUUAUACACGGAGAUCUCAUAUUUGGCUCAUCUCGAAUUGGCACAAGUGGUCCAGACAUGCGGUCUCGACUUCCUUCAUCAAAGGAAACCAAGCCAAUUUUGCCUCAGCCCAGUCGUGAGGAAACCAAGCCGAGUUUUCCUCAGCCCAGUACUGUCCCUGAAGCUUCAAUGGACACCCCAGUGAAACGAGCUGCUUUGCCCACUCCAACCAUCGUCCUCCAAAACGCUCUAAUAUCAAAGAAUAUGAAGGAUAAGAAGGGCAAGAAAGUUGCAUUUUUGCAAGCACCAACUCGAGUGGCAUCAAAAUCAGUAGUUGAUGUCAUGGAAUUGACUAGCCAGCAUGAUAUCAAUUUACUUCGCCGUGAAGCUCCAGCAAUGAGCCCCUUGGCUCACCAGAUUGUCCCCUCACCGCUUAUUGAACAACGAGAUAUGCUUGAAGUUAAACCCAAGAUUCAACCGACACACGAUCUGAUUGAUCUAUCGGAUGGCGAUUUGCUGUCCGUUGGGAACUUAAAAAUCAAUGUGCCUCCACUCAGAUUCCCCACUUCAAAGGUCAAGUCAGGUGUGGAUGUGUUCCAUGAGGAACAAGCCCGAGCUGAGAAAGUUGAUGUACUUGAAGCAUCAGUCGCGGAGCUAUUGAAUAAGAUAGAAUGUGUCAAGAGGCAGGCCUCAGACAACAUGGCUCAGUUGGAAGAUGAAAAAUGGAAGAGAGGAAAGUUGACCUGUAUUCUUGAUACUUUGAUAUAUUUCAAAUUUUGA